GGUGGGUGGUGGUGUUCAUUGAGCGCAGUAGUCUAUGUCUUAAAAGAAUGGAGCAGAGGUGAAUUUUCUUUCCGUCGGGUCUGUGGGAUCAUGAAGAGCUUUCUCUUGUUAACUCGCGACUCAGUGCAGCUGGCCCGGUCUUCCCCGUGUGCCAAUGAGAGGAGCCCCAGGAGGCGCUGUUGGCCCUCGCGCCCUCAGCCUUUCAGCGCUGGACGGAGGGGAGUGGUUGAUUCGCGACUGUCUUCCCACAACACAGAGUACUAGGGCAAAUCGUUUUCAAAGCCCGUGAGGGGAUACUCGGAGUGUAGUUUGUUGGCUUGCUCUUUUACAUGUUUUACGCGUUUACAACUGUGCAUCUUAAUUCAGUGAACCUGUUGUAUGGGCUCCUCCCCCCGAGCAGGGAAAAGAUUUGAAAGUAUUAAAAUAAAAAGUUUGAGACACAAGCAUAUGGAAAAAGGCCGAAGUAUUUUCCAGCAAAGGUUUUUGUUUUAAUCUGAAACAUUUUGAAAGCCUUGGGCUCUUCAUGGUUUUAGUCUAACUCGUUACCUACUUAAUGCGUCCGAAACUGUGAUACGAUUAAUUUACGUUUAUCACAGAUUACAUUUGGUCAUCCACCUUCAGCUGGUUCUGAAUGUUACCAGCCUUUGUUGAUAGACCUUUCAGAACAUUUUCUCAUUACCUCCCUGAAGGGGGCAGUGGAGGAAAGUUGUUACAAAUGAAAGAAUUGACACCAUGUGUUGGGAUCAUUCAUCACAUAGGCUGGCUUAGAGUUGUUCAUUAUGACUUUGUCGGUUAUACUUAAAUUGAGGUUUCUGUGUAAUGUACUAUAUACUAGGUUCACCUGGAAAUAUAGUCAUAAUAUAUAGUCUAUCAUCUCUCCCUCCAGAGUAAAGUUAGAGACUAUUUCUUUAGAAUUGGGCUUAACUGUACUUUUGUAUAUGAUAGAUUUGAGUUCAUUUUUUCAUUAUCAUACUACAUGAUUUCUUGAAAGGUAUUGGCUAAGACCACAGAAAAGAAGGGCAACCUGUUGGUAUUUUUUGUUCUGUCCUUUUAAAGUAUUGAUUGGAUGUGGAAGCUAAAUGGCUAUAGGUGUAACUGUGCAUGCACACUUAAAAAAAUGGUAUCUUUAACCAGUUCCAUAUUUCAACAAGUGGUUCCGGUAACAAUUACACAAGUUUUGCAUUUAUGAAAACCAGCUAUAGAGAGGCCAUGUUGGCCGAUUGAAAGUUAUAUUGACCGUCUCAGUCACAGAGAAUCCCAGAGGAAUAUCACAUGUGUGUUGGCUCUAAUUAGUAGUGGUAGAGCAUCACAUAAGACUGGAAUCUAGCAAGAAAUGAUUUUUUAAAAUUUUAUUUUGGUCUAAGGGAUAUGGAUAUUCUUGUUUUGUGGGUCCUGAAUCACUAACAUUUUAAUAGGAAAGGAGAGGUACCUUGAAUUUUCAGUGUUUCAGUAAAAAAUUCAGUAAAAGCGGUGAAGGAAAAACAGUUCAUAGAACAAUACAAAUUUUGAGCAUAUUACUUUUUUUUUUUUUUUACAAAAUAACAAAUAUCACCACCACCACCAUCAUCAUCGUCAUCAUCAUCUGGACCUGGUUUAGAAAGGACAUUUACAAAAUUGACCAUUUGUUAGGCUCCUCAUAACUCUUGGACAUAUAGAAAUUAUUUCUCUGUUAAGAAUUGCUACAUAGCUGGGCAUGGUGGCACAUACCUGUAAUCACAGCCUAGGGGUGACUGAGGCAGGAGUUCAAGGCCAGCCUGAACUACAAAAAACAAAAACUGUUAGGAGUGUAUUAGUUUUUGUUGCUGCACCAAAAUACCUAAGUUAGGGUACCUUUUAUAGAAAACACAGUUCUGGUGAUCUAAGAGCAUGGUGCCAUCAUUUGGCUCUGAUGAAGCACGCCUGAUUACAUUACAAUUUGAUAACUUUAGGACAGGAAUGUAUACAAGAGGAAGUGAUCAUAUGACAAGGCGGUAAAUAGAUUCAGGAGCCAGAACCUCUCUUUUUCAUAAUGACCCAUACUCAUGGGCGCUUCCUGGAGUCCUGCAAGGACUACAUUAAUUCCGCCUGAGAGCAGUGCCGCUUAUGACCUAAUUCCCUCCCACUAGGCACCAUCUCUUAAAAGUAAUGCCACCUCAACACAAGUGCACUAGGGACUAUGGUCCUAGCAUAUAACUUUAAGGAGAGCAGAACAGCAAAGAGAAUCUACACUCUUCCUCAAUAAUGCAAUCCUUAUACUUUCCUCUAGUUACAAGAAAGCAGGUUUAAUAUGUACUGUUAUUUUCUAAAUAAGCAGAGGUUUUUUGGGCAAGUUUAGUAAAUUUUGAUAAUUAUCUCAUGAUAACCACAAUCAGUACUAAAAUAUUUGCAUCAAUUUAACAAGUUGCAGAUGUAAGCUUAUAGUCAGUCCCACUCCCACAUUCAGCCCAAGGCAACUAUUGAUUUGCUGUCUCCAUAAAUUUACCCUUUAGAUGUUUUGUUAAUGGACUUACAAUAUAGAUGCUCUCUGGAUCUGGUUUCUUUCACUCAGCAUGUUUUUUGAGAUUCAUAUAUGUAGUAACAUGUAUCAGUAGUUUAUUUCUGGUUUUUGCUUAAGUAGUCUGUGUACCACAUUUUAUCAGUUAAUGAACAUUUGGCUUGCUUUUAUUUUUUAACUAUAAUGGAUAAGGCCGCUCUAAACAUUUGUGUACAAGCCUUUGGACAUAUGUUUUUAUUUUUCUUGGAGUGGAAUUGCUGGUUUGUAUACUAAGUUUAGCUUUUUAAGAAUGUACUGAACGGUUGUCCAGUGUGGUUGCAAUCAUUCCUCACUCCAGCGCUGUAAGGAGGGGCUGGGGGUUGAGUUUGCCACAUGGUUACUAGACUUACUAUUGUAUCUUUAUUAAAGCUGUCCUAGUGGUUAUGGUGUGGUAUCUCAUUAUGUUUUUAUUUUGAAUUUUUCUAUUACCUAAUGGUGUUGAACAUAUAUUUCUGGUUAUUAGCCUGUCUUUUUUGAUGUGUCUUUUGUCCAUUUUUUUGGAUUGUUAUGUUUGUUUUAUUAUUGUAUUAUUAGUGUAUUUUGGAUAGAAGUCCAUUAUCAGAUAUGUGUUUUAUAAAUAACUUCUCUAAAUCUGUUACAUGUUUUUUCAUUUUUUAUGUUAAAGUUUUCAAUUUUAAGGAAGCUUAAUUUAUCUAUUUUUUCCCCUUUUUUGGGUCACAGUUGAAGUCUGGCAACAAUGUCCAGUGAGUAUUUGUGUGUGGCAUAAGGAAUGUGUCCAAAAUUUUUUUUGUAUCUGAAUAUACAUUUUACCCAGCAGUAUUUGUUGAAAAAUUGUCAUUUCUUAUUGUAGUUGCCUUGGCACUUGGUUAAAAAACAAUCAGUUAACCAAAAUGUAAGGGUUUAUUUCUAGACUGUCAUUUCUGUUCCAGGGAUCUGUGUGCCUACUCUUAAAUCAGCAUCAGGCUGUCUUGACUAUGUUAGCUUUAUAGUAAAUUUUGAAAUUGGGAAAUGUAAGUCUUCCAGUGUUUUCUUUUUCAAAAAAAAUUUUGGCUAUUAUGGGUUUAUUUACAUACAGAUUUUAGUGUCAGCAUGUAAUUUGUUCCAGAGCAACCCUGCUGCAAUGGAUUUUGAUAGGAAUUGAAUCUAUAAAUCUCUUUAGGAAAGAAUUGUCAUCUCAACAUGAACAUGGUAUAUCUAUCCAAUUGUUUAAAUCUUUAAUUUAUUUUAAUAUUUGUUCAUUUUACUGUGAAAAUCUUGCCCUUUUGUUAAGUUUACCUUGAAGUAUUUCAUGUUUAAUGCUAUCAUGGAUAGAAAUGUUUUAAAAAAUUUGUGACUAGAUUAUUUGUUUCAGUAUAUAAAAAUAUAGUUGUUUAUUAUAUAUUGCAACCUUGGUGACCUGAUUAUUACUUCCAGUAGGUUAUUUUUUUGUAUGUAUGAAUUCCAUAUGAUUUUCUAUAUAUAGUAUCAUUUGGAUUUGAUAUGAAAUGGGAUAAAGACAAUUUUACUGGUUCCUUUCCAUCUAGAAGACUUUACUUUCUUUUUUUUUUUUUGCCAAAUUACUGGCUAUAACCUCUGCUGCAUUGCUCAGUAGCAGUGGAGAGAGCUGAUAUUUCUGACUUGUGAUCACAGGAGCAAAACAUUGAAUCUUUUACUAUGAAAUAUCAUAUUAGCUGUUUUUAGUAGUACUAGAAUUGCACCCUCUGGCUCUCUGCCACUGAUCUUUGACCUCAACCUCUUUUAUUUUUUUAUUUUGAGACAAGGUGUCAGUAAUUUUCUCAGGUGGGACUUGAUCUUGUGAUCUUCCUGUCUCAAGCUUCCAAAGUGGAUUGUGCCACAGUGACUGGCUUCAUGUUAACUGUUGUUUGUAAAUGCUCAUUACCUUGAGGGCUUUUCCUUGUAAUACUAAAUGGGUAGGAAUGCUUAUGAAGAAAUGUUGAUGUUGCUGUUUUCCAUCCAAUGAGAUGAUCAGAUGGGUUUUUUCUUUUAUUAUGAUUUAUAAUGUUAAUUGAUCCACUAGUGUUAUGUUAACCUUGCAUUCCUGGGGGAAAAUCAUGCUUGAUCAUGUAGUAGAAUCCUUUUUAUACGUUGCUGGAUUUGGUUUUAAAAUAUUAUAUUUAGGGUUUUCGUGUCUAUGUUCAUGAGGAACCCUGGCAGAUAAUAUUACUUCAUGUGAUAUCUUCAACUUUGUGGUUAAUAGUGGAACCUUAGAAUGAGUUGGGAAGAGCUUCCUUCAUGUUUUCUGAAAGUUCAUGAAGGACUACUAUUAUUUCUUUAAAUAUUUGAUAGAGUUCAUCUAUGAAAUCAUCUGUUCUGAAAUUUUCUUUUUGGUACUUUUCCAGUGACUUGGUCUCUUUAGUAUCAAUGCUCUGUGUGUGUACAUAUUGGUCUGCUCCAGUGCUGGCUCUGUGGUGGUGCGCACUGUGCUUCAGAGGCUCAUGGGCACCUGCUCAGAGCCUGUGUCAUCUGCCAGAUUAUUGCCUUGCACAUCUGCUCCAGUGCAGGCAUUAGGCGUUCAUCUUCUCAGGAA